AUGGCAUCUCUUUCCCAUCCAAAGCCUCUUCGAAAUAACCGUGAUACUUUUCAAUCUCAUGGUGGUGGUGGCCAUGGUGGUGGUGGCCAUGGUGGUGGUGGCCAUGGUGGUGGUGGCCAUGGUGGUGGUGGCCAUGGUGGUGGUGGCCAUGGUGGUGGUGGUGGCCAUGGUGGUGGUGGUGGCCAUGGUGGUGGUGGUGGCCAUGGUGGUGGUGGUGGCCAUGGUGGUGGUGGUGGCCAUGGUGGUGGUGGUGGCCAUGGUGGUGGUGGUGGCCAUGGUGGUGGUGGUGGCCAUGGUGGUGGUGGUGGCCAUGGUGGUGGUGGUGGCCAUGGUGGUGGUGGUGGCCAUGGUGGUGGUGGUGGCCAUGGUGGUGGUGGUGGCCAUGGUGGUGGUGGUGGCCAUGGUGGUGGUGGUGGCCAUGGUGGUGGUGGUGGCCAUGGUGGUGGUGGUGGCCAUGGUGGUGGUGGUGGCCAUGGUGGUGGUGGUGGCCAUGGUGGUGGUGGUGGCCAUGGUGGUGGUGGUGGCCAUGGUGGUGGUGGUGGCCAUGGUGGUGGUGGUGGCCAUGGUGGUGGUGGUGGCCAUGGUGGUGGUGGCAAUGGUGGUGGUGGCCAUGGUGGUGGUGGUGGCCAUGGUGGUGGUGGUGGCCAUGGUGGUGGUGGUGGCCAUGGUGGUGGUGGCAAUGGUGGUGGUGGCCAUGGUGGUGGUGGUGGCCAUGGUGGUGGUGGUGGCCAUGGUGGUGGUGGCAAUGGUGGUGGUGGCCAUGGUGGUGGUGGUGGCCAUGGUGGUGGUGGUGGCCAUGGUGGUGGUGGCCAUGGUGGUGGUGGUGGCCAUGGUGGUGGUGGUGGCCAUGGUGGUGGUGGUGGCCAUGGUGGUGGUGGUGGCCAUGGUGGUGGUGGCAAUGGUGGUGGUGGCCAUGGUGGCGGUGGUGGCAAUGGUGGUGGCAAUGGUGGUGGUGGCCAUGGUGGUGGUGGUGGCCAUGGUGGUGGUGGCCAUGGUGGUGGUGGCCAUGGUGGUGGUGGUGGCCAUGGUGGUGGUGGUGGCCAUGGUGGUGGUGGUGGCCAUGGUGGUGGUGGUGGCCAUGGUGGUGGUGGUGGCCAUGGUGGUGGUGGUGGCCAUGGUGGUGGUGGUGGCCAUGGUGGUGGUGGUGGCAAUGGUGGUGGUGGCCAUGGUGGUGGUGGUGGCCAUGGUGGUGGUGGUGGCCAUGGUGGUGGUGGUGGCCAUGGUGGUGGUGGUGGCCAUGGUGGUGGUGGUGGCCAUGGUGGUGGUGGUGGCCAUGGUGGUGGUGGCAAUGGUGGUGGUGGUGGCCAUGGUGGUGGUGGUGGCAAUGGUGGUGGUGGUGGCAAUGGUGGUGGUGGUGGCAAUGGUGGUGGUGGUGGCCAUGGUGGUGGUGGUGGCCAUGGUGGUGGUGGUGGCCAUGGUGGUGGUGGUGGCCAUGGUGGUGGUGGUGGCCAUGGUGGUGGUGGUGGCCAUGGUGGUGGUGGUGGCCAUGGUGGUGGUGGUGGCCAUGGUGGUGGUGGUGGCCAUGGUGGUGGUGGUGGCCAUGGUGGUGGUGGUGGCCAUGGUGGUGGUGGUGGCCAUGGUGGUGGUGGUGGCCAUGGUGGUGGUGGUGGCCAUGGUGGUGGUGGUGGUGGCAAUGGUGGUGGUGGCCAUGGUGGUGGUGGUGGCCAUGGUGGUGGUGGUGGCCAUGGUGGUGGUGGUGGCCAUGGUGGUGGUGGCCAUGGUGGUGGUGGCAAUGGUGGUGGUGGCCAUGGUGGUGGUGGUGGCCAUGGUGGUGGUGGUGGCCAUGGUGGUGGUGGCCAUGGUGGUGGUGGUGGCCAUGGUGGUGGUGGUGGCCAUGGUGGUGGUGGUGGCCAUGGUGGUGGUGGCAAUGGUGGUGGUGGUGGCCAUGGUGGUGGUGGUGGCCAUGGUGGUGGUGGUGGCCAUGGUGGUGGUGGUGGCCAUGGUGGUGGUGGUGGCCAUGGUGGUGGUGGCCAUGGUGGUGGUGGUGGCCAUGGUGGUGGUGGUGGCCAUGGUGGUGGUGGUGGCCAUGGUGGUGGUGGUGGCCAUGGUGGUGGUGGUGGCCAUGGUGGUGGUGGUGGCCAUGGUGGUGGUGGUGGCCAUGGUGGUGGUGGUGGCCAUGGUGGUGGUGGUGGCCAUGGUGGUGGUGGUGGCCAUGGUGGUGGUGGCCAUGGUGGUGGUGGCCAUGGUGGUGGUGGUGGCCAUGGUGGUGGUGGUGGCCAUGGUGGUGGUGGCAAUGGUGGUGGUGGUGGCAAUGGUGGUGGUGGUGGCCAUGGUGGUGGUGGUGGCCAUGGUGGUGGUGGUGGCCAUGGUGGUGGUGGUGGCCAUGGUGGUGGUGGUGGCCAUGGUGGUGGUGGUGGCCAUGGUGGUGGUGGUGGCCAUGGUGGUGGUGGUGGCCAUGGUGGUGGUGGUGGCCAUGGUGGUGGUGGCCAUGGUGGUGGUGGUGGCCAUGGUGGUGGUGGUGGCCAUGGUGGUGGUGGUGGCCAUGGUGGUGGUGGUGGCCAUGGUGGUGGUGGCCAUGGUGGUGGUGGUGGCCAUGGUGGUGGUGGUGGCCAUGGUGGUGGUGGCAAUGGUGGUGGUGGCCAUGGUGGUGGUGGUGGCCAUGGUGGUGGUGGUGGCCAUGGUGGUGGUGGUGGCCAUGGUGGUGGUGGUGGCCAUGGUGGUGGUGGUGGCCAUGGUGGUGGUGGUGGCCAUGGUGGUGGUGGUGGCCAUGGUGGUGGUGGUGGCCAUGGUGGUGGUGGUGGCCAUGGUGGUGGUGGUGGCCAUGGUGGUGGUGGUGGCCAUGGUGGUGGUGGCCAUGGUGGUGGUGGCCAUGGUGGUGGUGGUGGCCAUGGUGGUGGUGGUGGCCAUGGUGGUGGUGGUGGCCAUGGUGGUGGUGGUGGCCAUGGUGGUGGUGGUGGCCAUGGUGGUGGUGGUGGCCAUGGUGGUGGUGGUGGCCAUGGUGGUGGUGGUGGCCAUGGUGGUGGUGGUGGCCAUGGUGGGCAGAAAUUUCACAUAUUCGGAGUCAUGAUAUGG